AUGGUUUUAGAACAAGAUGUUUUUGGUUACAUACCUAAUAAUAGACUAGCAGGAAUAGCCAUAGCUUUGUUCAUCAUUGCUUUUCUUCUGCAAAUAGGAAUGUUAAUAAAGAAGCGAAAAAACAUUGUUUGGGUGCCUUUAGUGGGAACAUUUGGAGAACUUGCAGGUUGGAUAUGCAGAGCUUAUGCUCAUUCUCAUUUUGAGGGCUAUUCCGCCUAUAUUGGACAAUCCAUUGCUUUGCUGAUAUCUCCAAUCCUUUAUUCAGCUGUAUUGUAUGUCUUGCUUUAUCAAUGGGCACUCAUAUAUGGUGCCCAAUUUUCCCUCCUUCCACCGAAGCUGUAUGUUGCUGUAUUUGUUACUGCAGAUGUUAUAGCUUUUCUUAUACAAUGUUCUGGUGGAGGAUUAUCCAGUAGCAAGUCUUCUCAGAACCUGGGGUUCGAUAUAGCACUCGGGGGUAUCAUUUUCCAGUUGUUGUCUACUAUCCUAUAUGUUGUAUUACUGGCAAUCUUUGUAUAUGGUGUAAUUAAAAAUAGGCCAAUGCGCAGGACAACUACUUCUUCGCCGGGCUCACCAAGGACGAAAACAAAUGAUUUGGCAUUUUUGUUUUUGAUAUUAUCAACCAUUGCAACUUUGGUCCGCAUUGUUUAUCGUGUCAUCGAGUUUGCAAGCGGUCGUCAAAGCAAAGUUGCCACUACUGAGCUGUGGUUUGCUCUGUUUGACUUUGUACCAAUGAUUAUUACUGCAUGUUUUCUUAUUCCUGCACUUUAUCCUUGCUUAUACGAGCAAGACUACAUAAACUUUCAUCCAAAUUUUCUUCCGCCCAACAUGUCUCAAUCAUCUGAAAUGGACGAAGUUUCUUUGAAUAAAGUUGUUUAA